CCCGCAGUUAAAAAUAGGACUCGACCAAAAGAAACCCUAAUUUGCCGGGGCCACGUCGAGAGCCCAAAGUUGCCGUCGUUGUUUGUUUUCACUUCCUGAUCCUCCUCUCCUCCUCCUCUUCUACCCUCCUCUUCCUCUUCCUCUUCUCUAUAUCCCUACUCUCCACUCCUCCUCAUCACCUCCUCCUCAUACACUCCACCAUGGGCUACCGCAAACGCGCAUCCUCCCUCUUUUCAAAAGACCACUCCGCCUCCCCCCCCGUCCUCCCCACCGCUCCCCUCCCACACUCCUCCUCCUCCCCCCAAUCCGACCCCGUCUCCGACUCCCGCCUCAAAGCCCUCGCCUCCGGCCGCCAGCGCGCCGUCUCCGGCCUCUCCUCCUACUCCACCCAAUCCGACGACGACAUCUCCGACAUCCAGAAGGCUUCCGACGUCGCCGCCGACUUCGACCCAAAAGUGAUCCCCCCCGAGCUCGCCGCCAUCAUCGCCCUCUCCUCCGCCCACCAGUCCCGCUGCUACUACGAAGGCCGCUUCGUCUUCCUCCGCGACCUCGACAACGACGGAAAACCCCCCGCAAACCGCAUCUGGCAGGACGUCUACGGCCAGCUCGUCGGCACCGUCCUCUCCAUCUUCGACUCCCGCGAGCUCGACGGCUCCGGCAACCGCGCCGCCGUCAAACCCACCUACAUCAACAUCUCCGAUGCCUCCUUCCGCCUCAUCGACUCCAUCCCCUCCUCCAACGGCUCUCCCUCCAUCAAAAACGUCAUCGCCCUCUCCACCACCUUCAAGAACCGCUUCCUCCUCCAGUUCUCCUCCAAGAGCACCAUGCUUCUCUGGACCGCUGCCCUCCGCCUCUCCCUCUUUGAGUCCGUCGCUCUUCAGGAAGCCUACACCGGCGCUCUUCUCGCCGCCCGUGGCUCUCGCAUGAACGGCAUCCGCCAUCUCCUCCAAGAGACAAAGUUCAAGCACCAGGACUUUGCCGUCGUCCGCUUCGGCGUCGGCAUGCCCUGGACCCGCUGCUGGGCCGUCGUCACCCCCGCGGGCUACAAAAAGAGAAAGGCAAACAAAACCGGGCGCAUUGAUUUCUACGAGUCGCAGAAGGCCAAGCAGAAAAAACACAAGCCCUUGGCUACCGUCACUGCCGCCAAGGCCUGCUAUGCAGUCUACCCCGAGUCCAGCCUUCUCAUCAACCAGUCCACCUUGUUCAAAAUCGAAGGCACCAUCGCCGUCCACGACGAGGCAUCAAAGGGAACCCCUCGCGAUGGCUUCAUCUUCAUCAUGCCCGAGCUCCACCAUGGUGUUUACGGAUUCGAGACCCUCAUCCGAUUCCUCAUCCCCACCCUGGACUCUUUCGGCCUCUACGGCCGUCCUCAGCGCUUCAACGCGGACAAGAACGAUAUGAGAAGUAUCAUGUUUGGUCUCCCUGACCCGCCCAACACUCGAUAUCUCGAUCUCGCGGAUGUGCACGAUGUUUGCCUCAAGCGUGCGAUGGACGAGAGCUGGCGCGACGAUGCUUGGCGCGCUGAGCUUAAAAAGAUCAUCGUCAGCAAGAUGCAGAAUGGAACGAGAAACGUGCACCGCACUCUUCCUUCCGAGCCUGCGCACUCGACGCCUCCGAUCCCGCAGGGAGAGAUGAUCAACAAGAGCUUGAGCGAGCAAAUGAACUCUCUCUCUAUCCGGCGGCCGUCCCCGCAAAAGCCCACGCGAGAACCGCCUGCUGAGCUAUUGCCUCCCGUCAACCUUGCAGCUGGUCGUGCUUCUUCAGACUAUGAAGACGCCCUCCCUUCACCCGUCGCUCCUGUCUCGGCGGCGGCGGCUGCUGCAGAGAUGGAAGCGUCGCCCGGCAGAAUUGACGACGAGGAUUACAGCGACAACAUCAUUGAUGGCUACGAUGACGACGCCGCCGUCGACGAACCCGAUGCCAACACCCUGGCUAGAGAUCGAGCGGGCAGUUCGGCAAGCAAAGAGCUGCUGCGCCAAUACUACGUCGACCGGAAGAACAGCCGCAGUCCGCGCGAGAGCGAUUGUACGCGACCGUCCAGUUUGAAGAGCAACCGCGGUACUAUCGCCAACAGCCGCCUCAGCAGCAGCAGCAGCAGCAGCCGCCUCAGCAGCAGCAGCAGCAGCAGCAGCAGCAGCAACCGCCUUCUCCUCAGAGACACAAGGUGGCGCGUGUGCCUGUGUACGCGGUGCCGCAGUCGAUGACGUCCGCGGAUCAGCAGAGGCGGCCGCAGCAGGGUCCAGUCCCGGGAGGAUGGGGUCCGAGAGCUUAAGGGUGUUUGAGUGUAAAUUGAAGUUGGAUACGGUGGGAGGUGGUUGGUUCUGGUUAGUGUUGUAUUGUUUGCUAUAUGUUUUUGAUUUAGUUUUGUUAUUGUUUUGUUGUUUGUUGUUUGUUGUUCCGGCGUUACAUUUUUCAUUUAUGAAUACUUGUUACGAUGGCAUUUUGGGUUGCUUGUAAGUGAGCAUGCAUGCAUUUGUUUCUUUUUUUAUCAUUGUUUGAAAAGCAGGCGAGGGGAUUAGAGAAAAACGACACAAAAAAGAGGGAAUAAUCAAACGCUUCUUGUUUCAAAUCAACACCAACACUUUCACUCUUUGCUGGCGUUUGUCUU